UGUACCAGUGAGCACAGGAAGUAAAAGAAGUGAGCGAAACUCAAACAGACCUGUUGAUCCCUGUACAUAAACAAACGAAAACAGGCAUUUUCCCUUAUUUUUCGUUUCUUCUCGUUUAAAUAGUAAGCGAAUAGUGCGCCUAAUGCAGUCGACCUAACCGAGACGAGUGUUUAGCUGCGAGUUAGCAGCACUUUACAUUAGUCUGCGUAGCGAAGCUAGCUAUGAGUGCUAGCCGUGUUAAAGCCUCGACAAACGGCAGAAACAAAGCUUCAGUCAGCCGGAGCAGGCAGCACCGAGACUCCAGAGCUAACAAGGUGCUGGCUGAGAGGAACCAGGCGGUGGUGGCGGUGGGAGCCUGGGUGGAGGACGGACAAGACUUCCUGGAGCACCCGUGUGCUCUUGCUUUGUUAACUGAGGAGCUCCAGGCAGAGAGGAGGAGGGAGAGUGAAGAGAGCCUGCGCCGAUUUCAAGAUGAAGUGCGCCACCGUGUGGCGCAGCGAGCCCAAGUCUUCAAGAAGAGACAGCAGCCUCAGACAGAACCAUUGCCUGACAGGAGAAUCCCACAACAACUAUACAGAGCCCAGCAUAUGUCUGUCGGUGAGAAAGUGAUGUCUCAGGGAGGUGCUGCACAACAGAAAGUGAUGGAGGGAAGCUCUCAGGAGUCCAGUGAAGGCAUGAGGCAGAUCAGACUCAGGCUGGCUGCCUGUCGGAUGAUCCCGCAUGGGGAAAUGACGUCAGACCUUCCUGGAGGCAAAUGGAACAUGUCUCCUAUCAGACAUAAAGCUGAAUCUCUCGUGCAGAGAGCAGAGGAAGAAGUGAGAGAGGAGGAGGAGGAUGUUCAGGGGGAGGAAGAGGAGGAAGAGGGAGACGAUCAGUUCUUCACCAGCCAACAUGAAUGUCCCCUCGUUCAGCAGAAGGUGAGUGGACGUGUGUCACGGGAUACUGACAAGUCACAGCCUGAUCCUGGUUCCAUGUCCAACCACAGAGUCCCACAGGUGCUGUGGCCUCUGGCUGACCAGGAGGAACUCAAAAGACAGCGUCAGUCUCAUUUCCUGAUGCACCGCCGCCAGUUCAUGAACAUUGAGAGAGAGCAAGUGAAAGAGAACACACAGCACAGGAAACACCUGAAGAGAACGGCGAGGAUCAAGGCAGAGAAAGAACAGAUACGUCUGGAGGAAGAGAGAAAGUUGGAGAGAGUUCGGCAGCUCGCAGAGGCCAGACAGAAGCUGGAGGAGAGAGAGCUGCUGAUUCUGGAACGACUGAGACUCGAGGAGGAGGAGAGAGCUACGGAGCUGCAGAGGAAAAAAAAGGAGAAAGGGAAAGUAGCUACAAGGUACAUUGAGGCUCUGAGAGCUCAGAUGAAAGAGCGACUGUGUCCGGAGAAACUGGAGCUCCCUCCUCUCUGUUGCUGUGCGACCUCAUUCUGGGACUCCCAUCCCGACACCUGUGCCAACAACUGCGUCUUCCACAACAAUCCCAAAGCAUAUGCCCAAGCGUUACAUUCAACAAUGUUGAGUUUGAAUUUACGGUGAAGGACGCUGUUGAACUGCAAGCAGAAAUUGUCUAGAAGAAACAGACUAUAUUUAAAGAAAUAGUCCAACAUUUUGGGAAAUUUAAGUGUAAGUUGUCAAACCCAGAGUGAGAUGAGAAGAUUGUGUGUGUGAAAUAUCUUAACAUCUAUGAAAUGGAUUGACACAAAACGUGCCUCCAGCACUGUCAUCAGGUCAAGAUUUCUCUUUGCCCAAGACUAAAUACCUGAAAAAUUAAUGACAUUCACAUCAGCCUUAGUUGAACUUGAUUUGCUGAUUAACAAAUGUUGUCAAUGAUUACUCACUCAACUAAAAUGGUUAACAUAGUAAAUGUUGUUCCUUCUAAACAUCAGCGUGUUAGCAUUGUCAUUGUGAACAUGUGAGUAUGUUGAUGUUAGUGUUUAGAACCUAGUCUUGUUCAGCUGUUCAUGGAGAAUGUGCCUUUUUUGAUACUAUUUGGCUUUGUGUAUUAAAUAUAUUAAAAUUUUUAUACAACCUUACAAGAAUUUACUUUUAGAUUAUUUGUUGAUAAUUAAGGGAUUUGAUUGUUGGCAUACUCGCUACAUGCAAUUAGUGAAGUCAGUUUAUACGAUUACUAAAGCAUCAGGGAAGUCAGUACAUAUGUGAACUUGAGAAUGUGCAUUUGAGGAUUUGCUGUUGAUUGUGUUGAAUGUAUAAGAAUCUGGUAUGGGCCAUGUUAAUUUAAAGAAAUUAAAUAAACUCACUUAAAAAAAAA